UAUGAUGCACUGCAAUAUCCCAUUAUAUUUUGGCAAGGUGAAGAUGGCUACGAUUUCUCAAUAAAAAUGAUAAAUCCCAUUGCAGGUUCUGAAACCAACAAAAAAGUCAGUUCAAUGAACUAUUAUUCAUACCGCCUAAUGAUUCGGGAAAAUGAAGAUAAUCACAUAUUGAAAUGUCGGCGAUUAUAUCACAAAUAUGUUGUUGACAUGUAUGUUAAAAUUGAAACGGAAAGAUUAACAUUCAUCAGGUUGAAUCAAACCAAACUCCGAUCUGAAGAGUAUAUUCACCUUCGAGAUGCGAUUAAUACUGAUGGAAAUGCACAGAAUGUCGGUCGGAUGACUAUUCUUCCAGCAACAUACAUCGGAAGCCCUCGGCAUAUGCACGAAUAUGCUCAAGAUGCCAUGUCGUAUGUUCGUCAUUAUGGUACAGCAGAUUUGUUCAUCACAUUUACAUGCAAUCCGCAAUGGAUAGAAAUCAAUCAGGAGUUAUUCUCUGGGCAAUCACCCAUUGAUCGUCAUGAUAUUACAGCCAGAGUCUUUAGACAAAAGUUGAAAUCUUUAAUGGAUUUCAUCGUAAAACAUAAUGUGUUUGGUGAGACACGCUGCUGGAUGUAUUCUGUGGAGUGGCAGAAACGAGGAUUGCCACAUGCACACAUUUUGAUUUGGUUGGUUGAAAAUAUAAGGCCAAAUGAAGUUGAUGCAGUGAUAUCAGCUGAAAUCCCUAAUGUACAAGUAGAUCCUGGAUUGCAUGAGGUAGUUAUCAAAAACAUGAUACAUGGUCCCUGUGGAACUCUUAAUCAAAAUUCACCGUGUAUGAUGGAUGGUAAAUGUUCAAAACGAUAUCCACGGACAUUAAUAUCGGAAACAAUUACUGGUAAUGACGGUUAUCCAUUGUAUCGUCGCAGAUCGACAGCAGACAAUGGAAAAUCAACAAUUGUCAAAUUAAAUCAACAAGAUAUUGAAAUAGAUAAUCGUUGGAUUGUUCCAUAUUCACCCAUUUUAUCAAAGACAUUCAAAGCACACAUCAACGUUGAAUCUUGCCAUUCAGUGAAAUCUAUUAAAUACAUUUGCAAAUAUGUAGCCAAAGGGAGUGAUAUGGCUGUGAUUGGAAUUGGUGCAGAGAAUUCCAAUGAUGAAGUUACCCAAUACCAAAUGGGCCGCUAUGUCAGUAGUAAUGAAGCAGUUUGGCGAAUAUUUUCUUUUCCUAUUCAUGAGAGACACCCUUCUGUUGUUCACUUAGCUGUGCAUUUAGAAAAUGGACAAAGAGUGUAUUUUACAGCACAGAACGCAGUACAAAGAGCUGCUCAGCCACCAUCUACUACAUUAACCAGUUUUUUUGAGACAUGCCAAAACGAUGAUUUCGCACAAACUUGCUAUAUUCUGAAAUGCCAAAAUAUUAUACCUGGAAUCAAUCCUCAAGGAGAUUUAUACGACGGAAACAAGGAAAACCAGUUCCAGGAUAUACAGAUGUAUAUUCCACCGAUGCGAUUGGCCGGAUUUAUUCAAGAAGCCUGUCAACGUUUGCAAUUGCUUGAAAAUGACGCUCAUUGGGAUCAAACUCUCAAUGAUGCUGUAAUAUCAUCACACGCUCAUCAAAUACGAACAUUGUUUUCUAUAAUCAUAUCUACAUGCUUCCCAUCAAACCCAAUUGAUUUGUGGAUCAAGCCUGACCGCGCCAAUCGUCCAAUGCAUGACGCUUUUAACCAAGAGUUGCAUCGAGAAAGACUGUAUGAUCUCAACGAUUUGAAAGAAUUAAUUCAAACAAAUCUUCCACUGUUAAAUGAACAACAGAAGUAUGUAUUUGAAACUCUUAUGAAAGUAACAAAUGAUGAAACUGGAGGGAUUUACUUCUUAGAUGCACCUGGUGGUACAGGAAAAACUUUUUUGAUUUCAUUAAUAUUAGCAACAAUUCGCUCACAAAAUAAAAUUGCACUUGCACUCGCUUCGUCGGGAAUCGCAGCAACUUUGCUUGAAGGUGGUCGAACAGCCCAUUCAGCACUAAAAUUGCCAUUAAAUAUGCAUAGCAAUGAAACUCCAACCUGCAACGUUUCGAAGAACUCUGCAAUGGCAAAGGUUUUGCAGCAAUGUAAAUUGAUUGUUUGGGAUGAAUGCACGAUGGCACAUAAAAAAUCUUUGGAGGCUUUGGACAGAACCUUAAAAGAUCUACGGAGCAAUAAUAACCGAUUUGGUGGUGCAAUGAUUUUAUUAGCAGGAGAUUUUCGUCAAACAUUGCCGGUGAUUCCACGAUCAACGCCAGCUGAUGAACUCAAUGCAUGUCUAAAGUCCUCCAGUUUGUGGAAACAUGUCAAAGUACUUCAUUUAAGCAAGAAUAUGCGUGUCGAGUUGCAAAAUGACCAAUCUGGAAACAUAUUCUCUAAACAACUCAUUGACAUUGGUAAUGGCAAAUUUCCUAUAGACAUGUUGACUGGCUGCAUUAACUUUCCUCUAAGUUUUUGUCAGUUAACUCGAUCAAAAGAUGAACUUAUUCAGAAGGUGUUUCCAGAUGUUUCUCAAAAUUACAGAAACCAUGAUUGUCAACUAUCCACCGGAAUUUUUAAACUCGCUGGAUUUGCCAGGAUUGCCACCUCACAAUCUUCAAUUAAAGGUUGGAUCGGUGGUUAUAAUGUUGCGAAAUAUCAACCAACCGCGUCUUUGCAACGGUACACGGUUAGCGAUAAAAAAUUACUAAACAAUGUGAUAGAAGCAACUAUACUCAAAGGAAAGUAUAAAGGAGAAGAUGUUCUCAUACCGCGCAUCCCAAUGAUUCCGACUGAUGUGCCAUUUGAGUUUAAACGACUACAGUUUCCAGUGCGUCUUGCUUUUGCUAUGACUAUAAACAAGUCACAGGGGCAAUCAUUAAGUGUUUGUGGUAUUAAUCUAGAAAACCCAUGUUUCUCACAUGGUCAAUUGUAUGUUGCCUGUUCCCGUGUUGGAAAACCAUCAGAUUUGUUUAUCUAUGCGCCAGGUAAUCAAACAAGAAACAUCGUAUACCACAAAGUACUACAAUGAUAAUAAUAAUAAUUAUGAUUCACAUGAUUAACAAUAA